GGCACUAGCGCCGACUCGGCCAAACCUCAGCGAACAGUUUUGAGAUCGAAUUCGAACCGUCACGACAACUCUGAGCGCCAGUCACGGACCCUACGACACCGACAAGAUGGUCCUCGCAAAGAAGCAUGUCCCCAUCGUCAAGAAGCGCACCAAGCGCUUCUGGCGCCACCAGUCCGACCGCUUCAUGCGUGUCGGUGAGUCGUGGCGCAAGCCCAAGGGUAUCGACAACCGCGUCCGUAGACGUUUCAAGAGCAACAUCCCCAUGCCCUCGAUCGGAUACGGCAGCAACAAGAAGACCCGCCACAUGAUGCCCUCGGGUCACAAGGCCUUCCUCGUCCAGAACCCCAAGGACGUUGAGCUGCUGCUCAUGCACAACCGCACCUACGCUGCUGAGAUCGGCCACGCCGUCUCUUCCCGCAAGCGUGUCGACAUCAUCCAGAAGGCCAAGGAGCUCGGCGUCAAGGUCACCAACCCUCGUGGCCGUGUCACCACCGAGGCUUAAAUGAAUUAAUUUUUAUUACUGGAAAACCUUUUCAAUCAUCAAGAAUUCCAAAAAAUAACCAGUUUCAUAUAUCCUUGGGCGGAACGGACAUCUUAAAACUAACACGAUGGGGAUCUCUGUUCUUAAACGUGGUGUCGUGUGUCGAUCGACCUUUGCGGUUUCUACUUGUAUGGUCGUGAAUUGAAUCAAAUUCUCGUGGCGAUGAAGUGCAAAAAAAGAAUUGCGGGUCAAGGUUUAAAACGUAACGAAACGAAUUUCAGAUUAUGUGCAUGUGCAUGAGCU